AUGGCUGGCGUCGCUGAUAAGGCGAGGUUCUAUCUUGAACGUGCUGUACCGCAACUGCGAGAAUGGGAGGAGAAAGAAAUAUUUUCCAAGGAUGAGAUUCGCACAAUCGUCCAGAAGCGCAACGAUUACGAGCACAGAGUCCUCUCACCUGGGAAUAAGCCGUCGGAUUGGUCUUCGUACGCUCAAUGGGAGCAGUCGCUUGAGUCCCUGCGCAGCAAACGCUGCAAGCGUCUCAAAAUCCGACACCUUCAGUCCGCCCAUGCUGGCCAGGGCCGUACUCUUGCGAUUUACGAGCGAGGUGUCAACCGACAUCCAGGAAGCAGUGCUCUGUGGAGAGAAUAUCUUUCAUAUACGUCCAGCGUCAAAGCAUCCAAGCGCUGGCGCAAAACCAUGACCAAUGCUCUACGCAUGAUGCCUACGGACCCUGAGCUGUGGGCAAUGGCAGGUCGAAGGUCAGCGAAGAAUGGCGACAUGGCAGCCGCGCGUGGGUUCUUCAUGCGAGGUUGCCGCUUCUGCACGACGAAUGAAAAACUCUGGGUUGAAUAUGCGCGAACGGAGAUGGAAUGGCUCGAAAAGGUCGAUAAGCGCAAGGCGGUCGCGAAGCCUGGUCAGGAUGUUCUCCGACCCGAUCGUGAGGACGACGGCGACGAGCUGCGACUUUUGGAUAGUGAUGAUGGUGAAGAGGAUGACGACGAUCUUCCUGAGCCAUCAAAUGCCCAAGCCAAGGUUAUUGACAAGCAGACCGCUCAGCAUUUGAAAUCAAACCCUGCCAUGGAUGGCGCUAUCCCUAUGGCUAUCUUCGACAUCUCCAGGAAGCAGGCUUUCUUCAGCGCCAACACUGCGGAGGUAUUCUUUGACCUCUUCGUGUCUUUCACACAUGUCCCGGCUCAGCCUAGGAUAUCACAGCAUGUUCUGGAUGUCCUUGAUCGGGAGUAUCCCAACCACCCAGCCACAUGCAACCUCCGCAUUCGCCAGCCUAUUAUGGGCGUAAACCCACAGACAGCAGAGUUUCCCAAGAACCUCAGAGAGGUACUGUCACGCUUGGGCCGCUAUCUGGAAACCACAACAGAUCGCACGGAAUUACAGAAGAAGACCGUGGCAUGGAUAGACGGGUAUCUUGCGCUGGAUGUUUUGGAUGAGGGUAUUCGGGCAGUAUUGGAACAUACCAAACAGAAGAUGGAGUCCAUUUAG